AUGUCUGAAACACCUCUUCUGACUCCAGAUAUUGAUGUCGAAUCCGUAGAUCAGACACACUACAGAUCGAUGAUCGGAUUGUUGAUGUAUCUUACUACAAGCCGACCAGACAUCAUGUUUGCAGUUUGUCAAUACAUACGUUAUCCGGAUAAUCCUAAAUUUUCACAUCUUAUUGCUGUCAAAAAAAAAUUUUUCGGAGGGUGUCAAUAUCUUGGGGAUCGGCUGGUGUCAUGGCAGUGCAAGAAGCAACACACUGUCUCAACUUCAACAACUGAAGCGGAAUACGUUGAUGCAUCUGCCUGUUGUUCUCAACUCAUCUGGAUCCAACAUCAGCUGUUGGAUUAUGAUCAAAUGGCAGGUUUAAAGUUCGCAGACAUGCACAAUCUGGCAAUUGUACUGGCAGAUCCUUCGGUGGCACAUGGAGAAUUCAAGUCAAUGACUCAUGGACUGAAAGAAUGUUGUUUGGCCUCCGCCAUCACCAUGAACACCGUUGUUUAUCAGAAUAUUAUAAGAGAGUUCUAG